GAAACUUACCAAGCGCUUGUUAAUUUCCAACACUAUGUUAUGACUCAAUUUGAACGCCCUAUAAAUCUUAGACCUUUUAAAAGUUGGAGUUCAAACACUAUUCAAAUGAAUAGUGUUCUGAGUCACAAAAUGGUGAAAUUCACUAUUCCUUUUGGUGUCACGUGCUGCUCACAUGACCUGUCUAAGUUGCAUGGCACGCAUCAGGCACGUGAUGCACCGCCUUAUCUCAUCUCCCUCUUCUUCACUUCGUCUCUCUCCUCUCUCAUCUUCUUCACGAUUCUCUUGAUCUGCAUCAAUUUUUCUCCCAAAUUUUCAUUGCUAAUUCUUUUGUUAAUGUUAUAUUGAUUUCUUUGAUGUUUUUUUUGGUUUAGUUGAUCUGAAAUUGAGUAAUUUUAUGGUUGCCCUGUGAACUUAGGGUUUCGUUGUUGAUUCUUUGCAGAUAACUGUGUAAUUUUGGAGAUGAACAAAGAUCGACCAUCUGCUACUCUUGAUUUCUUCAUCUGCAAUGUUGAGGUAACGAUUUAAUUUUCACUGCUUAUUUUUUUCCGCUCUCAAAUUGGCGAGUCUGGAAUUAGCGUUUAUGAUUUCACGGAAGAUGACGAAUUGACCAAAACUCUUCAGCAGUAAGAUUUCAAUUGUUUCAUGUUCAUUUUGAAAGUUUUUUUUCUUGAGUUUCUUUCAAUUUCAUGUCAGCUUCUUCUUCAGUUUCUUUCAAUUGUUUCAGCAGUAAGAUUUCAAUUGUUUCAUGACCUAAAAAUGGAUCUCUUAUCUAGCUGGUUUGUUUAAGUUUGAUGUGCGUUUUGCAAUUAUUUUUUGUUCACUUCUUGAUUUGAUUUUGGGUUCAUCAAAUUUAUGAAUCUUUUAGAUCUAUUGUAUGUUUUCCUGAAAUCGAGUGGAAAAUUAUGUGAAAACUUGGAUCAUCAAAGCAGGUAUUGAUUGAAUUUCACCCUUUUGAGUGAAUUGUGAUUGAAUUUUGAGUGAAAAUUUUGGGGCGACCAAUCUGAAAUUGAGUACUUUUACUGUUGAUGUGCAAUUAGGGUUUCAGAUUUUUUAGAUCUAGGUCACCGAAAUUACUGUAUGGUUUGUGUUUAGAUCUAGGUCACCGAAAUUAUUCUUAUUUUACCUUUUUAAUGCUCAAUCUCCUGUUCUUCCAUCAGCUUCCAUGGAUGGCGACAAGGUAAUUAUUCAUCUUCUCUCUCUUCCUCUUUUCUUAUUUUACUGUAUGGUUUGUGUUUUGAUCUAGGUCACCGAAAUUAUUCUUAUUUCACCUUUUUAAUGCUCAAUUCGACAUCAAAUUUGUUUGUUUUUACGGUUUCUACAAUCGCUGACUUCUUUGUUACAAUAAGAUGUUCUGAAAAUCUGGCAAUAGCUAUUUUUGCUAUGGAUUCUUCUCAGUUUCUACAAUAGGAUGUUCAAAGAAUACAAUCAGGUUGAUGAACAAAGAUUGGCCGUCCGAUCCUCUUGGUUUCUUCAUCUUCGUUUGAGAGGUGAAUUAGAUUUUCCCACUAGGCUUCGCAUCGCACUUGGAUCAGCUAAAGGGCUUGGUUAUCUCCAUGAAGAUUGUCACCCCAGAAUUAUCCAUCGUGACAUCAAAGCUUCCAAUAUUUUGUUGGAUGAAAAUUAUGAGGCCAUGUUUGCAGAUAACAAAGAUCUUCAUAGUGAAUGGAUGGCAGUAAAAAGGAACAACAAAGUAAAGGUCGUUUCCCUUAUCAAAGACAGAACAGGUUACACAGCCAACCCGGAUGCAAUGUUUGAUAUUCAGGAAAUCCCCACUGACAAAACUGGAAACUUUGAUAUGAUUAGUGAUUUUCUAGAGGAGCACUGGUCCAUUGCCAAGUGGGCUCUUCUUGGAAUUGCUGUUUUGGAGGUAAACCUUAUACUACUAGAUGUGAAAGUGACGACUAGAUGUGAAGUUGUACGGGACUGAAGGUGAAACAAAACAUGUUUGGCUGACUCUUAUUCAUCUUGCAAUGGUCAUGGAAUACGCUGUUGACGGAGAGCUCUUUGAAUGAAUAUGUGAUGUCGGUAGAUUCAGGGAGGAUGAGGUAUUGAACCUUCUUUCUUGGUAGAAUAUUUCAUAAGAUCUUUUUUAAAAUUUCAAUACAUUAUAACUUUAUAAGCAAGUAUAAAUGUAUACAACUUGGAUGACAAUAUUCAGAUAUUGGAAUGUCAGUUUCUCUUAUUAUCAUUAUAGUAGCACCUAUAUGUGUACUAUUUGUUGUUACUUUAUUUUGAACAGCCUCACAGACAAUCGAGUUUCUUAGAUAUGAUAUUGUGAUAUAUGGAUAUCUACACGUGUUUAAAUGGGCUUCUUGCACUUGGAAUUUUCUUCUGGUGCCACUUUUUCAAUGUAAGAGAUGAAAAGUGAUAUAAUCUUAAACCUAAUAAACCUUUUUGGUACGUAGAGUGUUAUGGUUUGUAGGUAGCUUAAGAGGACAUUGAUGGGUUAUCAUUUCAAUAUAUGAAUUCUCGUAUUGUGGCCUUAGCAUGCACAUUGAAUCUCAGAAGCUACAAGAUUUAACUACAAUUUAACACUGACUUAUUGAUAAAGGCCAUGUUUUAAUGAUUAACAUAACAAGAAACUCUAUAACAAUGGAAGUACAUUUGUUGAUGAUUGGGAUACGUAGGUUUAGAAUAGUCAUCACAUUUGCCACACCAGUCUUUAAUAUAACAAAUUAUUUAAUGAUGAAAUGUAUCCUUAUGAUUUAUCUGAAAGCAAGGUUGGAGGAACAAUUGCAUUGGUAAAUAACAUGAAGCAUCCCCGCCCCCCUCCCUAAUUGCACUGAAUUUUUGUCUUGAUUCCUUUUUAAGUUUCGUGGUUAUUUUUCUGGGUAUAAUCAUGUUUGAACUAUGUAAUGAUUUGGGUCAGUUUCUAUUGUUCAUCAGCAUUUGUCUUUUUCUUUCCUUUAAUAUAUCAUUUUCUUUUUCCCUUUUAUUUUGCGUUGCUUAUUUGUUAUUGUCACCCGCAAACUAAACUUUUAUUCCUUCUGUUUCAAUUUGCAGCUCCAAUUUAGAUAGUUUCAGAGUAAUAAAUUUUCUUCAUUUUCAUUCCUUUGGUUAGAUCUUAAUUUUUGUAGGGUUUUGCUUGUGUGUUUUGUGUGUUGCUGAAUGCUGAUAUGAUCUAAAACAAUCUACUUUUGAUCUUUUGUUCUCUAACUAUUUUUCAGCUCUUAGAACCUUUAUUCUACAGGUGCAGAAAUUUGAGAGGGAGUUUGGGGAUUUGAGCUCACUAAUUUAUCAUCUAAAACAAUCUGCUUCUGAGAUUUUUUUAAUGGUUUAGGCUUCUUCUUUUUUUUUUAUCAAAAAGUUUAUAUUAGUAGUAGUGUUCACGGUCGUGUAAUCGUCUUAGUGUGUUAAGAACUUAUAUUAUGUCCUUUUAUUAUGCCUUAUAACAUUAGGAUGUAUUUGCCUAACAAUAUUAUAUUUCAUGUAAUGUCCAAUUUUUUCAAGUAA